UUCUACACCUCUCCUUUUGCUCACAAGUAGCGACUUGCACAGUUUCUCUCCUUCCUUCUCUUUCUCGCACAGAACAAAUGGGAUCACCACCUUCGGCCUCUCUCAAACAGAACAACCUUAUAUUCCUUGUGUUUAUCAUGAUCUUAUUCUUUUGCUCCAUACCUGAUAAAGCCAACCUUUGUUCCAACCAAUCUUCUGUCAACCCAAGUGGUGUUCCAUACAAGAGCUCCUCCAACAUCUCUUCAUUGGAAACACUUCAGCUAGAUGGCUACUUCAGCUUUGAUCAUAUCGAUUAUGCAGCAAAGGACUUUGGCAAUCGAUAUCAUUUCCUACCAUUAGCAGUUCUACAUCCGAAUUCGGUUUCUGAUAUUUCCAACACUAUAAAGCAUAUUUUCAAAAUGGGUUCCACUUCAAAGCUAACAGUUGCUGCUAGAGGCCACAGUCACUCGCUUCAAGGUCAAGCACAAGCUCAUCAAGGUAUAGUAAUAAACAUGGAAUCCCUUCAGGGACCAGAGAUGCAAAUUCACACCGGAGAGCUGCCGUAUGUGGAUGCAUCAGGUGGUGACUUGUGGAUUAAUAUUCUACAUGAGACUCUUAAAUACGGGCUUGCACCAAAAUCUUGGACAGACUAUCUUCAUCUCACCGUUGGAGGUACCUUAUCAAAUGCCGGAAUUAGUGGACAGGCAUUCAAACAUGGGCCACAAAUUAACAACAUUUACCAGUUGGAGGUUGUCACAGGCAAGGGAGAAGUAGUUACCUGUACAGAGAAGCAGAAUGCAGAACUCUUUUAUAGUGUUCUUGGAGGACUUGGGCAGUUUGGAAUAAUCACUCGAGCGAGAAUCUCUCUUGAACCAGCACCAAAGAUGGUGAAAUGGAUCAGAGUACUAUAUGAUGAAUUCUCUAAAUUUUCCAAUGAUCAAGAACGUUUAAUAUCAUCCAAGGAUUCUUUUGACUAUAUCGAAGGGCUUGUGAUAAUAAACAGAACCGGUCUCCUCAAUAACUGGAGAUCCUCCUUCAAUCCAAAAGACCCGCUUCAGGCCAGUCGAUUCACCUCAGAAGGAAAAACUCUUUACUGUCUAGAAAUUGCUAAAUACUUUAGCCCAGAUGAGUCCGAUAUAAUGAACCAGAAAACUGAGAGCCUAUUGUCAGAACUGAGUUACAUUUCAUCCACACUCUUUCUGUCAGAAGUUUCUUACGUGGAAUUCCUGGAUAGAGUCCACCUGUCUGAAAUCAAACUCCGGUCAAAAGGUUUAUGGGAGAUUCCUCACCCAUGGAUGAAUCUUCUAAUCCCUAGAACCAAUAUUAUUGAAUUUGCUCAAGAGGUCUUUGGCAAUAUUCUUACAGGCAAUAGCAAUGGUCCCAUCCUCAUCUAUCCGGUCAACAAGUCCAAGUACUCCCAUACGAGAAACAAAACUAUUAAUUUCCCCUCAAUUUUCGAAUAUUAUAUUAUCAACCUGAUUUUUCCUUCGCAUUGCAGGUGGAACAAUAGAACAUCUUUAAUCACCCCAGAUGAAGAAACUUUCUACCAAGUGGCAUUCUUAUCCUCUGCAAUGCCAUCUUCCACAGGAAGAGAUGGCUUGUUUCACAUUUUAGCCCAAAACCAAAGAAUUCUAGAUUUCUGUUCCAAAGCCGGUCUUGGAGCCAAGCAAUAUAUGCCUCAUUACAGCACCCAGGAAGAAUGGCAAGCUCAUUUCGGCCCGCAAUGGGAGGUUUUUGUAAAAAGGAAAUCAACUUAUGACCCAUUGGCAAUCCUAGCUCCUGGCCAAAGAAUCUUCAGAAGGAAAUAGCUUUCUCAUGAUGCUGGCCACUUAUAAGGAAUAUCAGGAAAAGAUUCCUCGGGAGAAUAUGGACCAUAAUGCGUACAACUGUAAAUUACAAUUAUAAGGUCUGAUGGAAAGUUGGGUUGCCAUAGCAAUCGUCAGCAUAAUAGAGAGUAAGAGUCAGCAGGCCAUUUAAUUGUUAAUAAAAAUGAAAAUUUUAAGUAGGCAAUUCUGUAAAGAGGGCUUAUAGUAUUAGCUCAUGAUGAUUUUUAAACGGAUCAUGAACUUAAAUUUCUUUUA